AUGUCCAAGCCCGCCAUCCACCUCGUCCCCGGCGCCUGGCACGGCCCUUCCAACUUCUCUCCGCUCACCAACUACCUAACCCAGCAUGGCUACACCGUCGAAGGCAUUCCCCUAGCCUCCGUCGACUCAUCUCCGCCCCAGCCUAACUUCGACGCCGAUGUCCAAGUGAUCGCUUCCACCAUCAGCAAACAUACCGACCAGGGCUCCGAUGUCGUCAUCCUCUUCCACUCAUACGGCGGCAUCCCCGGCACCUCCGCGUGCAAGGGGCUCUUGAAGUCUGAUCGCGAAUCCGCGGGUAAAAGGGCGGUGUCGUGCACCUGA